AUGCAUCUUCUCUCAACUCCUUCCACCACCACCACCAUCACUUUUCUGUUCCUCCUCGCAUUCCUCUUAUACUCCUCUCCAACCUCCGCAUCAUACUCCGAAACAUGCUCCGGCAUAGUCCCAUUCCGACAGCGCACCGACACGAUUUCAUUAACCGAUUUUGGCGGUGUCGGCGACGGAAAAACACUCAACACCAAAGCUUUCAGGGAAGCUAUUUACCGGAUCCAGCACAUAAAGAAACGCGGCGGCACGAUGCUUUAUGUGCCGCCGGGAGUGUACUUGACGGAAAGCUUCAAUCUCACUAGUCAUAUGACUCUUUAUCUUGCUGCUGGGGCUGUUAUUAAAGCUACACAGAGGUUGUGGAAUUGGCCUUUAAUUGCACCUUUACCAUCUUAUGGAAGAGGAAGGGAGCUCCCUGGAGGAAGGUACAUAAGUUUUAUCCACGGCGAUGGAGUUCGCGAUGUAAUAAUCACAGGUGAAAAUGGGACAAUUGAUGGGCAAGGAGAUGUGUGGUGGAACAUGUGGAGGCAGAGAACUCUUCAAUUUACAAGACCAAACCUUGUUGAAUUUUUGAAUUCAAGAAAUAUUAUUAUUUCAAAUGUGAUUUUCAAGAAUUCCGCCUUCUGGAAUAUUCAUCCUGUUUACUGCAGCAACGUUGUUGUUCGAUAUGUCACAAUUUUGGCUCCUCGUGACUCUCCUAAUACUGAUGGAGUUGAUCCAGAUUCAAGUUCAAAUGUCUGCAUAGAGGACUCAUACAUAUCAACAGGAGAUGAUCUUGUGGCUGUGAAGAGUGGAUGGGACGAAUACGGUAUUUCAUAUGGACGUCCUAGCUCUGCUAUCACGAUUCGGCGUCUAACCGGAUCAUCUCCGUUUGCCGGCAUUGCAGUAGGCAGUGAAACAUCAGGCGGAGUACGGAAUGUACUCGCCGAACACAUCAACCUCUUCAACAUGGGAGUUGGUAUCCACAUUAAGACAAACAUUGGAAGAGGAGGGAUUAUCAAGAAUAUAACAGUGUCUAGUGUGUAUAUCGAAAACGCAAGGACAGGAAUAAAAAUUUCUGGUGAUGUAGGUGAUCAUCCAGAUGAAAACUUUAACUCUAAUGCUUUACCAGUUGUGAAGGGUAUCACAAUUAAGAGUGUUUGGGGUGUGCAUGUUUUGCAAGCUGGUUUGAUACAUGGAUUGAGUAAUUCACCUUUUACUGAUAUUUGUUUCUAUGAUAUUAACCUUCAUGGUGAGACAGGAUCAUCAGCUAGAUCUUCUCCGCCUUGGAAGUGUUCUGAUGUUUCUGGAUUUGCUCAUCAGGUUAGUCCUUGGCCAUGUUCUCAGCUAAGCAGCCAAGAGCCUGGAUCAUGUACCAAUUACUAG